AUGGUUGAGAUGAAGGAGAAAUCAGAACUAAUCUUCUUUCCCUUACCAAGUAUUGGCCACUUAGCUUCAGCCCUCCAAUUAGCACAACUCUUAAUCAAAAGUGACAACCAUCUUUCCAUCACAGUCCUCUCUAUCAAGCUCCCUUACGCUCCCUCCUCAGAUGAAUACAUCAAAUCAAUCACAACAUCACAACCUCAAAUCAAACUCAUUGAUCUACCUCGUGUACAACCACCUCCACAGGAGCUAUUGAAAUCACUACCAUACUACCUCUUGACCUUCAUGCAAGACCUCAUACCUCAUGUUAAAGCCACAGUGCAAAACAUUCUAUCAACUUAUUCAAAUCCAGUUAUUGGGUUAGUCCUAGAUCUUUUCUGUGUUCACAUGAUUGAUGUGGGAAAUGAACUGGGUAUUCCUUCUUUUUUGUUUAUGCCCUCUAAUGUAGGAUACUUGAGUCUCUUUCUUUCUCUCCAGAAACGCCAAAUUGAUGAUGUAUUCAAUGAUUCUGAUCCUGAAUUGUUGCUUCCGGGUUUCGCCAAUCUAGUUCCUUCAAGCGUUUUGCCUAAUGCUGUUUUUAGCAAAGAUGGUGGAUAUGUUGCCUAUUACAAGCUUGCUCAAAGGUUCAAAGACGCCAAAGGGAUUAUUAUUAAUACCUUUUCAGAGUUGGAGAAAUACGCUAUUGAUGCAUUAUCUCAUGGUGAAACCCCUCCUAUCUAUGCUGUUGGUCCUUUGAUUGAUCUCAAAGUCAAAGGUAAUUUAGACCAAGCCAAGCAUGACAAAAUAUUGAAAUGGCUAGAUGAACAACCACCUUGUUCUGUUGUGUAUCUAUGUUUUGGUAGUAGGGCAAGCUUUGAUCCAUCUCAAACAAGAGAAAUAGCACUAGGACUUCAGCAUUGUGGGGUUAAGUUCUUGUGGGCUAUGCAUUCUCCACCAAUUAGAGACAAUGCAGGGAGAACCUUACCUGAAGGGUUCUUAGAAUGGAUGGAAGGUAAGGGAAUGUUAUGUGAAUGGGCACCCCAGGUGGAGGCUUUGGCCCAUAGAGCCAUUGGUGGGUUUGUAUCUCAUUGUGGGUGGAACUCUAUUUUGGAAAGUUUGUGGUUUGGAGUACCUAUAUUGACAUGGCCUAUCUAUGCAGAACAACAAUUGAAUGCUUUUAGAAUGGUGAAGGAAUUGGGAUUAGCAGUGGAGUUGAGAUUGGAUUACAGAACUGGUGGUGAUCUUGUAAUGGCAGAGGAGGUAGUGAAAGGGGUGAAAAAACUGAUGAAUAGAGAUAAUGGAGUGCACAAGAAGGUGGAAGAGAUUAAAGAGAUAGCUAGGAAAGCUGUUCUAAGUGGUGGGUCUUCUUUCAUUUCUGUUGGGAAACUUAUUGAUAAUAUGACAUGUAGCAAUUGA